AUGUUGUUCCAGACUAUCCUUGUGUAUCUCGCGUUCCAGGCGAGCGGCGUUUCCGCUGUUGCUUUUGAAAGGCGACAAGCUCCUAUCACCGGACGUACUUUUGAUUACGUUGUUGUUGGGGGUGGUACUGGAGGAAGUGCUCUAGCUACCCGCCUGGCGCAGAGUGAUCUUAAGGUCGCACUUAUCGAGGCUGGUGGACACUAUGAGCUAGAGUCUCUUGCUGAGGUUCCUGCGGCCGAUGUUCUUCCCGUCGGAUCGGACCCUAAAACGAAAUCUCCCGAAGACUGGGGCUUUGUGGCGCAUAAUGUACCGGGUGCUAAUGGUCGGGACGUUCACUAUGCUCGCGGAAAGUGCCUCGGAGGAUCCUCCGCGCUGAAUUUCAUGAUUUAUCAACGCCCGACGCGUGAAUCUAUGGCUCAAUGGGCAACUGCAGUCGAUGACCCCAGCUACAAUUUCGAUGAAGUUUUCCCGCUAUAUAAGAAGAGUGUGGAUUUCACCCCUCCAAACAAGAACUAUAGGGCUGAAAAUGCCUCGACGAGUUACGAUUCCAGUGCAUACGACCCCAAGGGUGGUCCAUUGCAGGUGUCUUAUGCCAACUUUGCCAUGCCAUUUUCGUCCUGGAUGAACCUGGGAAUGGAGGCAAUUGGAAUCGACAAAGCAGAUGAUUUCAAUAUGGGUUCCCUGAUGGGGGCACAGUAUUGUUCCUCGACUAUCGAUCCUGCGACCGAAUUUCGCAGCAGUUCAGAGGAAUCAUUUCUCUCCAAAAUCAGACCGAGAACGCUGACAACUUAUUCCGGCACCCUUGCAAAGAAGGUGGUAUUCGACAAGAACAAGAAGGCAACGGGAGUUGAGGUGAAAGGUGCUUUCGGCCGCACGGUGACUAUCAAGGCAUCCAAGGAGGUCAUCAUUUCCGCUGGCGCUUUUCAAUCUCCGCAGCUGCUGAUGGUAUCUGGCGUUGGUCCUUCCGAUCAAUUAAAGGAACAUGGCAUUGAUGUCAUCGCUGAUCGACCAGGCGUCGGUCAGAAUAUGAUUGAUCAUCCAUUUGUGGCUCCCACGUACCGAGUGCAAGUGACGACUCUAACCCAAUUCGCUACCAAGCUUCUUUACGCAGCCAAGCAAGUCGUUGGAGGAUUGGUUUUGAAGAAAGGAUUCUUGACGAACCCUGUCGCUGAUUUCUUGGCUUGGGAGAAAAUUCCACAGUCACUGCGCAAGUCUUUCUCCCAGGAAACGCUGAGCAAAUUGUCCGAGUUCCCCAAGGACUGGCCCGAAGCAGAGUACAUUUCCGGCGCAGGAUAUAUGGGCGAUGUUUCAAACCUCCUGACAACCCAGCCCAGAGAUGGAUACCAAUAUGCAUCAAUGCUCGGCGUUCUGAUCACACCUAUCUCUCGAGGGAACGUUACUCUCCAGUCAGCAGAUACCAAGGACUUGCCGAUUAUCAACCCUAACUGGCUGGAGGAUAAGGCCGAUCAAGAGGUUACCAUUGCGAUGUUCAAGCGCAUCCGUGAAGCGUUCCAAAGCAAGGCUAUGGAGCCAGUGGUCAUCGGCGAUGAGUAUAACCCGGGUCUUCAAGUUAAGACUGAUGAUCAGAUCCUCGAGUUCAUCAAGGACAAUGUGAUGACACUGUGGCAUGCUGCUUGUACUUGCAAGAUGGGCACUAAAGAGGACAAAAUGGCUGUUGUGGAUGCUCAGGCAAAGGUGUACGGCGUUGAUGGGUUGCGUGUUGUCGAUGCCAGCGCUUUCCCUUUCCUGCCCCCUGGACAUCCUCAGUCGACUGUUUGUGAGUUGAUUCAAAAGUCUUGCUCUGAUCAUGGCUAA